AUGUGUAAAAAGUUAAAUUCCAUGACCAUGGACGACAAGAUUCGAAGAAGUGGAUUAACGACUGCCAUUCCAAAUCAAAUAUUUUCAACCGAAAAAAAGACUCCCAAAAAAAUAGACCAGACGAUCUAUGGGGAAAUUGUGCUUGAAGAUAUCCCUCAGGCUCCUAUUUCUCCUAUAAAGUCUCUAAUUGCCGAAGUGCCUUCUAUAUACAUUGAUCACACCGAUUCAGCAACCAGCGAAAGUAUGGAUUUGGCGGAUUGUAAAAAAUAUGACAAUAAACAAAUUUCUAAAGAGUUCUGCGAUCUGCCAACACAAAUGGUGGAAGAGAAUGAGUCAAUUCAUAUUAAUUCAGUUUCCACAAAAUCGCCAUGCACUGACAUAAAUAGCUCGAUAGAUUCAAAACAGGAAGAAGAAUAUUUACUAAAGAAGGAAUACGAAACCAUCAAUUUGAAAUUAAAAGCAAUGAAAAAAAUUAUGACAAUGAGCCCCCAUUCUGGAAAAUGGAAAUUUGAAAAAGAUUUUGAAAAGUCGUUUUUAUUAAAUCUGUUAAAUACAGAAACCGGUAAAGUAAUAUUUAGCAUGAUUGAUUUAUUUUUCCCAACUUUUAAAGGCUCCGCUAAAAAUUCCCAGUGA